AUGUACUUUGGUAAGUAUUUCAAUCAAUUUCCCCCAAAUACAUUAUCCCCAUUCAAAUUGUUUAAAUUGUUUCGCCGGACGAAGACCUCCAGUAAGGCAGCUCUGAUCGGCGCGGCCAUCGACACCUCCGACUGGAAAAAUUCGACACCUCCGAUGGCGGCGGCGAUGAUGUACAGAUUUAAAGAUCUUUUAUCCCUGGGGAAGUUGAUAAUUAUUGUUUGCAUUCGAAGUUCAGUAAUGAAAGUAUGCAACCUGAAGCUUGAUAUUCAAAUGAGUGUAACGGACGUUGCUCAAUUUAUAGAUUAGAAAUCACUUAGUGAAAUGGGCUCUCCUGUCCUGUCUAAACAUGUAGCCGCUGUCAUAAGGAACCAAAAGGACCCCUUAAGGGCUCUGGAGAUGUUCAACUCCAUUAAAAAGGAAGAUGGCUACCGACACACUUUACAAACUUACAAAUCCAUGGUUGAAAAGCUCAGCAAUUCUGGUGAAUUUGAGGCUAUGGAGAAUCUCAUGGUGGAGAUGAGGGAAAACCUGGAUAACAGCGUGCUUGAAGGUGUCUACAUUAGUGUCAUGAGAAAUUACGGCAAGAAUAGGAAAAUUCAAAAAGCUGUCGACAUAUUUGAGAGGAUGGAUUUCUACAAUUGCGAGCCCACUGUUUAUUCUUAUAAUGUCAUUAUGAACAUUUUGGUGGAGAAUGGAUAUUUUAAGCAGGCUCACAAAGUUUAUAUGAGACUGAAAGAUAAAAAUAUUGCACCAGAUGUGUAUACAUACACAAUUAGGAUUAAAUCGUUUUGUAGAACAAAUAGGCCUCAUGCUGCUCUGAGGCUUCUGAAUAACAUGCCAGCUCAGGGCUGUGAAUUUAACUCCGUGGCUUACUGUACAGUGAUUGGUGGAUUUUAUGAGGGAGAUUAUAGGGUAGAAGCAUAUGAGUUGUUUGGCCAGAUGCUUGGACUUGGCAUUGUCCCUAAUGUUGCCACAUUCAAUAAGCUGAUACACCCUCUGUGUAAGAGGGGUGAGAUAAGAGAGAGUGAAAUACUAUUGAAUAAGAUUCUCAAGAGGGGUGUGUUACCUAAUUUAUUCACAUUUAACAUUUUCAUUCAAGGCCUUUGCAAGAAAGGCCUGCUCGAUCAUGCUGGCCGGAUGUUGGACAGUGUUACUAAAGAUGGUCUUUGCCCCGAUGUCGUGACGUAUAAUACGCUUAUACGUGGUUUUUGUAAGAACUCGAAAGUGGCCGAGGCCGAGAAUUGCAUGAAUAAAAUGGUUAAUAGUGGUUUUGAGCCUGAUGCUUUCACCUACAACACAAUAAUUGAUGGGUACUGCAAACUCAAUCUGGUGCAAAAGGCGAACAAGAUUCUUCUUGAUGCUGUACAUAGAGGGUUUGUGCCGGACGAGUUUACGUACAGCUCCUUAUUGUAUGGCUUGUGUGAGAAUGGUGAUAUUGACCGGGCCAUAAGUAUAUUCGAUGAAGCUAAUAGGAAAGGCGUGAAACCUAGUGUUGUUUUGUACAACGGUUUGAUUAAAGGACUCUGCCGGCAGGGGCUCGUAUUGGAAGCCCUUGAAGUGAUGAAUGGGAUGGGGCAAAAUGGUUGCUCUCCCAAUAUUUGGACUUAUAAUUUGAUAAUAAAUGGCAUGUGUAAGCUGGGUUGUUUAAAUGAUGCGAGUAUGCUUAUGAAUGGUGCAUUGGACAAAGGGUUCCUUCCUGACAUAUUCACAUUUAAUACUUUGAUUGAUGGCUACUGCAAAAAGUUGAAGAUUGGUGAGGCACUUGAAAUUGUCGACGUCAUGUGGGAGCAUAAUAUUACUCCGGAUAUAAUCACAUAUAACACUAUAUUGGAUGGGUUAUGCAAGACUUCACAUGCGGAUGACGUAUUUGAAACCUUUAAAUCAAUGAUGAAAAAGGGUUGUGUGCCUAAUGUGAUAACUUAUAAUAUAUUGAUUGAGAGCUUUUGCAAAGCUCGUAAAGUCACGAGAGCUUUGGAAUUUCUCAAUGAGAUUCAGGAAAGUGGAUUGUGUCCAGAUAUAGUAACUUUUUGCACUUUGAUUAAUGGAUUUUGUGAGAACAGGAAUAUGGAAGAAGCGUACUCGUUGUUCCGUAAAAUGGAAAAGCACUAUAAAUUCCCGCCUACACUGGCGACUUAUAAUAUCCUGAUCAAUGCAUUUUCGGAGAUGGCAAACAUGGAUAUGACAGUAAAGCUGUUUCGUGAAAUGAGUGAAAGCGGGUGCCCACCGGAUAACUACACUUACCGUUGUAUGAUAGAUGGGUUUUGCAAGUCUGGAAACACUGACUACGGACACCGAUUUCUUCUUGACUGCAUAUCUGAAGGGUUUGUGCCGUCCCUAACGACAUUUGGGCGAGUUUUGAAUUGCCUGUGUGUAAAGCACAGACUUCGUGAGGCAGUUGAAAUUGUGUACCAUAUGGUGCACAAGGGAAUUGUACCUGAUGUUGUGAACACGAUCUUUGAAGCAGAUAAGAAAGAAAUUGCGGCCCCCAAGAUAGUUGUGGAGGACUUGUUGAAGAAAUCACAUAUAACUUACUAUGCUUAUGAGAUUUUAUAUGAUGCCAUUAGAGACAAGAAGCUGGUGAAGAAAAUGCGAGGAUAUAAAAUGUUUCGAGGUUCUAGAAAUGAGCAUUCUUAACUGUAUACUCAGUUAGGAACUUUGAAAACCAAGUGUGAGGAUAGCUGUAGUAUUGUGGAGAUUGAGCUGGGACUUAUGGAUUCUAUCAUGGCGAAGAAACUUAUCAGCUAAUCCGUCGUCUCCAGCUGUUGUCAACAGAUGAAAUUACAAGUCUGAAGCUGAGAUCUAUUUCGUAGCCCUGAGGACAUUGGUUUUGCAUUGGUUUUGUGGGGAAGGAACCGAAACUAGGAGAGACUCCUCAUUGUGAGGAUAUUGAAGUGAUCAAACAGAAAAAACUCUUUACAUCGUGUCAAAUAGCAGUGAUGGAUAAAUAGAACCCUCAAAUAAUUGACCUAGCUUCUGUUAGAAUGCCCAGGAAAAGACUGGAGAAACUACUUUCUGAUGUCAUCUCCACUGUCCCCACAGAGAGAUUCUGGUCUCGUUUGUGGAAUGGUAAAUGAAAAUGCUCUUGGAGAAACUCUUCACUUCACGAUUCAGAUGGAGUCGGAAUCUUCUCCUUACUCCACAAAGUCAAUCCCAGAUGUAUGGAAAACACACUCACAGACAAGUACUGAGGCAAACAUUCAAGCUGAAGCACGCACAAAGUUCUGUGUAGGCGGUGUUACAGCUUGGCCAUAAGAGCACGCACAAAGUUCUGUGUACUGCGGGAAUAGAUGGUGCAGCUGCUCUCUCUCUCUCUCUCUCUCU